CUAAAGAUCACGAUAACGAUUCACGAGCGUAAAGCCAAAGCUAUGAUAAGACCACAAGAUAUUUUUUUUUUAAAUCUAAAAAUAUCUUCUUAAACCAAGAUUAAUCCAACUUGCGUUGCGUCACAUCUUAACCCUAGGCAACCUUAAAACGGUCUAGCGUAGCCUCAAACCCUACCCCCCUCGUCCUAUAUAAACACCACUCCAUCCUCCUCAAUUCAUCGUGCUCUCUAUUCCCCUCUUCUUCCUCAAUUAAUUUCUAGGGUUUCAUAUUUUUCUAGUUCCUCAAAAUGUCCGGUGACGGUGAAUUCAGAUGUUUCGUCGGCGGCCUUGCAUGGGCCACCGAUGACGAAGCUCUUAACAGAGCUUUCUCUCAGUUCGGCCAAGUUACUGAUUCGAAGGUGAUUAAUGACAGAGAAACUGGCAGAUCUAGAGGAUUUGGAUUUGUGACUUUCUCAAGCAAAGAUGAACUUGACGCUGCGAUCCAAGCAAUGAACGGAUCUGAUCUCGACGGCCGUCAAAUUACUGUUAACGAGGCCCAAUCUCGCAGCGGCGGAGGUGGUGGUGGAGGUGGAUACCGCGGCGGAGGUGGCGGUGGAGGCUACAACGGCGGUGGUGGUCGCCGUGAAGGAGGAUACAGCCGUGGUGGAUACGGAGGUGGUGGUGGUGGUGGAUAUGGAGGUGAAGGUGGCUACGGUGGUGGCCGUCGUGAGGGUGGCUACGGAGGUGGAGGUUACGGCGGUGGUGGUGACCGAUACUCCUCCCGUGGUGACACUGGUGGAAACUGGAGGAAUUAGGGUUGAUUUGUGAUGGUUGUUUUUAUCCACAAGCUUUUUACUUUCGGGUUAAACAAAAGCUAGAUUUAUGUUACUUUUGCCGUCAUUGUUACUGUUUGGUUGUUUCCAUGUUACUGUUUUGGGUACUUGAUUUUGAUCGGUUACUUUUGAUUGAGGGUGUUACUGUUAGUUUGUAAUUAGAACGAUAGUUUCAACCUUGGAAGUAAUGAAAAGGAUUGAUUACCAAAAUCCAUUUUUCCUUUGUUGAAA